GGCAGGCAGUCUCUCUUUUUCUGGCCCCACGCACCUUUCUGACCCCUGGAUAUUUCUGAAACAUGUCUGAAACGUCUGCUAGCAGCCAGGUCCCGCAGAAAACCAGCUACGGCACGCGGAAACCGGGCCCGGCGUACUUCCCUCAAAAAGGCCUGAAGAUCUAUGCUGAUAAGGCUUUGUACGGUCGAAUUGCCAGUGCACCCAAAACAAAAGUGGAGUCCCAUUUGUGUGCUCCCAGAAGCGGCAUUGCCAUCAAGGUGCCGGCAAAAUCGCUAGUUCGGCUCACGACACCCGAGGGCCCACAGGUUUGUGAUCUCAAUAUCUGGAACCAGCACAACCACCGGGAACGGUUCUGGGCGGCCCGGACUAGACAAUUGCAUUCGGCGCACGUGUCCACAUGUGACCGGUUAUGGUCUAUCUUACCUUUUUUGCGUCCGUUGGUCACAAUCACGGCAGACACCUUAGGAGGACGGCACACCGAAUGGGGCGGGCGCAUCAACGAUACUUUGGGUACCCGCUGUGAUCCCUAUGUAGACAAGCUUAUUUCGGGAGAAGACAAUGACUUCCACUGCCACCUGAACCUAGUGCGUGCAGUAAUGCCUUUUGGGUUGACUGAGUAUGAUGUGCAUGAUGUGUUGAAUGUCUUCCAGGUAACUGGGCUCAAUGAGUACGACCAGUAUUUCAUGGAGGCGUCGCCCGCGAAGAAAACAGACUAUUUCGAGAUGUUUGCUGAGCAAGAUUUGAUCAUAGCUAUCAGUGCGUGUCCGGGCGGAGACCUAUCUAACUGGGACUGGGGUGAAAAGGAGGGCGGAGACACCAAGAUGCAAGACAACUGCAGGCCCUUGGGUAUCGAGGUGUACCGACUCGACGAUGAGUCAGUAUUGGACGGAUGGACGCCUCCCGAAUACGCUCCUUACAAGGGCAACCACGGUUUGAAGCUUCCGUGAAGAAGACGGAUUUGGUCAGGACAAUGUGUAAAUAGACGGGAGGCAUGAACAUAGUUUUUUUGUGUCUAUGGAGAAAUAAGACAGCAACGUACUUACCGCAGUAUGUAGGUUGUAUUCGAGGCUCUAGUCAAAGCACUUCGGGUCUGCCUGGACGGUCUUGGCCCAGAGUCAUCAUGCCGUCGAUGUGUAUUUCCGAAAGGGCAAGUAUUGGCGUUUGUUUUCUUGUAUUACUGGCGGUGUAUUUACAUAGUUUAAGAGUCACGAGUCUUGGGAAUCAGAAGAGUCACACAAAGGUCUUGGGAAUCAG